GUGCAUACGCACAAGCCUCAUUUUAUUGCAUUGCAUUGCCAAGAGGUUGGCGGGAAGAACUAUGAAGCAUCAAUGUCUCAUGUUGACAAGUUUGUGAAAGAAUUGCUAUCGAGUGAUGAAAUGAACGAGUAUAAUCGAGCACGAGUGUACUUGGAUGAAAAUUACAAAUCGCAAGAACAUUUUACGGCUUUAGGAAAUCUUUACUUUCUUCACGAGUCUUUGAAAAAUACCUAUCAAUUUGAUUUUAAAGCUAAAAAGUUCAAGAAAGUAACGGGUAAAGAAAUCUACUCAGAAACGUUAGAAAGCACACCCAUGCUGGAAAAAGAGAAAUUUCCACAAGAUUACUUCCCCGAGUGUAAGUGGUCCAGAAAAGGCUUCAUCAGAACACGAUGGAGUGUCACUGAUUGUGCCUUUGACUUGGUGAACAUUCAUCUUUUCCAUGAUGCUUCCAAUUUAAUUGCUUGGGAAACAAGCCCAUCUGUCUACUCAGGAACCCGACAGAAAGCUCUCGCUUACGUACUAGAUAGGAUUACAGAUCAACGAUAUGAGAAGGUACCACACUUCCUGUUUGGUGACUUCAACUUCAGGUUGGAUUCUAAAGGUGUGAUAGAGGUAGGUGUUAUUGAUGGACAGAAGUUCUACCAGACUCCAGUUCCACCAACAUUACCGGUUUUACUCUCUAGUUUCACAACAUUCUGA